AUGGCCCCCCCACCAAGAUUAGCAUGGCCAUACCAAGAGAAUCCUCUCAUUGCACAGAUAGCUGGGGUGCCAGAGCAUGGAGAAAUCCAAACUGGACAGAAGGGAGAAGCCCUUCCCGUCCAGGAACGUGAGGUCCUAGUCCGGCCAGAAGGCCCUGCACCAGUUCAUAUUCAGCAGAACCAGCUAAAGCCUCAGCCUAUUCCACAACCCGUGGCCCCACAUGAUCAGCCUUUGGCACUUCUGCCUGAACCACCAACAGUGUUGCCCUACAGACCCAGAAGGAUGGAUUCCAAUCCAUCCCCUCCACUUGCAAGAGGAAGAAGAGGCAGAGGGGGAAACAACCUUUUUGCUAACAAUGACAGGAACAGGCCGAGGGCAAACUAG